UGUAUGUGACAAAUUUUUAGUGGUGUUUAUAGUGUUAGAGUUGCAGCAGUAUGCCACAAUUCAUAUAUAUUAAAGUGGCCUGUGUAAGUAAAAUUAGGUCUAACUAAAAGUUUAGAAGCAAAUGCUCACCAGUCAUUGGUUAUAAUCACAAAUAAUUUUCCUCUCAGAUAUUUAGGUUUGUAGAUUAAAUAUUUAUUGGUGAUGAAAGUUGUUUCCAUGGUUAUGGGAAUCAGGUCUCUGGGAACAACAGAUGCAGAAGAAAGACGAACAGGUGUAAAGUGUGCAGUCCCUUUUUGCAGACUGCAGUUGUCUCUGAGCCUGCACCUUCCAGCAAAUAUGGCUGUAAUGAUGGCGGGAGCCAAGAUUCAGGAAGACAUGAACAAUAUUCCACUGGCAGAUGAUGACCCUCAAGUUAUCAUUCAAGAUGAUACUGAAGUGACAGACAUGUCUCAUACAUCAGAAUCUAUGAUACGUGGUCGUAGCUUAGAUUCUAUCCCGUCAACCUUUACAAAUGGCAGUAGCAGUCCAGGACCAAAUAGUUUAGAUCCGGAUAUCAGUCCUGAUGAACAGGAAGAGAAAGCUCGGUUGAUUUCUCAGGUGCUGGAACUGCAAAACACAUUGGAUGACUUGUCACAGCGAGUUGACAGUGUGAAGGAAGAAAACUUGAAAUUACGUUCAGAGAACCAGGUUUUGGGGCAGUACAUUGAAAAUCUGAUGUCAGCCUCCAGUGUCUUUCAGUCUACCUCACCCAAGACUAAGAAGAAGUGAACUAAAUAUUUUACAGUUGUUGCACCCCCUUCCCUCUAGAGUUUAUUCAGAGCAAACAAGGGGACUGGUGGGUGAAUCAUGAUGCUUUUCUCUGAUUUUUUAUUUCCAGUAGCCUCUGUGAUAUAAGUUAUUUAAUAAGGAAGUUUUUGCAUUCUCUUCUCUUGCCACUGCCUGAGACAGCAUUUCUCACUGCAAAAAUUCCCUCUUUACAUAUUUGACUUCUAACAUAUGGCAAAUACAGUGAUAAGGAGCUUUAUUUACGUUACUUGUAGUUAAUAUUUAUAAGCAGUCAUUGAAUUUUAGUACCACAAUGUUAAGAAUGUUAGGUGUGCCUUUUUAAUUAGAAUAUAUACUUUUUAAGUGUUAUAACUUCUUCUGUUUUUAAUAAAUAGCUCAUUCCAGCCAUCAGCUUCAUAUAUACAGGUUGCUUUAGCACCACUGGGGUUAUUUUACUCACUAUUAUAUUUUUUCCUUUAUAUUUAUUCUAAGAUACAUUUAAAUUUACAGACAGAAACUGGUUUAUGUGAACCAUUUUAGCAGCUUUGAGAAGAUAUAGUACAGUGAUAUAGUAGUGCUAUUAGAACACUUUUCUUUAUAAAAGAACCAUGUAUAAAAUACCUCACACUUGGGGACAACAUUACACAGACAUGCACAUUACCAUAUGAACAGCCAUAGUGUUUUACAUGGGCUUUACACACGUCUUAAGGUCAUCAUUGGCACUUGAAUUUACAAAACCAAAAAAGCAGCAUACAUAUUGUUACAGCAUUAUACCUCACAUCAGUGACUGCAGAUUUCACAAAACUUCUUCGCAAUGUUCUUGGUCCGUUAUGAAUUCUAACAUUGUUAUACAUUUGACGUCUGAGAUAAGUUCAGUAGCAGGCCAUGAGAAUGUGUAUGUUGAAUGACCUGUCACUUUUAAAAAUCUAACUUCCCGCUUGUUACAAGAUACUACUCUGGUAAUUUGUCCAAUAAAAUGCAUCACAGUAUUCUUGGAAGAAAAUUUCACUACAAUCCAUUGAUCUGUAGUAAAAUGUUUUUUCAGUUUGCAGCCAUGGAAGUUGGACUGUUGGUUGUCACAUAAAUUACUGUGAUCCUCAUUGUUACUAGCAUGUCAAAUAUUAUGUGUAGUAGAGGCUCUACCAGUAGGAGUCUUAUGUGUUAGCUUCACUGUUUCAUGUGGUUGAGGGUCCAGCAAACACACUGUAUAAUGUGCAGUGAGUGGUUUAUGGGGCUGAGCAGCAACUGUCUUUUCUUUUGGUAUCUACAUUUUUAAGAAGGCUGUGACAUCCUCGAAGGUGGUCUAAUACUUCCUGUUCAGCUACAUCUUUGCUGUCCUGGAGAGACGAAAUCUGGAAGGCAUUUCAGAGCUUGCUGUCCGCUUAAAGGACAUUAACUCUGAAACCAGCUGCAAGAUUUUUUUAAAAAAAAGAAAUAGCUCUUAGAAGUUCUGUCAGCUUAGAGGGAAAUUUAUCAAUUGACAGUGAGUCAGUCUUUUGAAGACAUAGUUUGAAGUCAGACAGGGUAUGCCUCCAGGCUCUUUUCAGGGGUCUGAAGGAUAGUGUCUAAAGCCUGGAUGAGGUGAGUUGGAUUUUGAGACAGUAUUAUAUGAUGUGAACAGACAUUGACAUUGAAAUGAGAAGAGUCCUGUCAUAACGUUUGGGCCCUUCAAUUUUUCAAACCUGGGAGCUUUUCCUCUGUUUCUUCAGCAUAAUUUUCUGUACUAUGUGCAAAGUCUGAUUUAUCUACUGGAAACAUUCCGUUACGUACAGCCUAUACUGCACUGUCAACAUCGUUGUUGGUGUAUUCACCAUAUUUUCAAGCUCUGGGUUGCUGAAUGUGGUGUGGUUUAUGUUUUCAUAGAUAUUUACUCUGCAACAUUAUGAAAAAUCAGUCAAAUUUGCUUUCUGUAUGCAAUACAUUCUUAUUUUGUGCUCUUGCUUGGUCUUAUAAAAAGUAACCAUUCCGAGAGUAAGUUUGGCAUCUCUGAUUAUUUUAAUCCAUCCUAGGCAUGUAACUGACCCACAGCAAACAUUUAUUACCAUUUCUUGUCUCUUAAAGCAAUGUACAAACACAUAAUGAAAUGAACAGAGUUGUUACAAGUCAACUGUCUUAUCCAGCUGGAAGUUUUUAUACAUCAUAAUACAACAGAAAAUACAUGAAAUUUGAUACAACAUCCAAGGAAAUGUGCUAAUACAAUAACACAAAUUAUUUUCUUCUCUUUCAUUAUGUCUCUCCCACAUGGAGUUAGCGUUGUUACUCUGUGUGUUUUUCUGGAAAGUGUAUGUGAAGUUACCCAGCUUGUGUAAAGUAACCCUAGAUGAGGUACCUCAAUUUGUGUACUGCGUCUUGAAAUAUAAAUUAAUCAAACAAGGAAUAUAUUUAUCUACAAUAUUAUUGGAUCAUAGUCACAUACGGUUUUUGGAUGGUAAACCAGUUGAACAGUGCUGUAAUAAUUUUGUAUAUUGUCUUUGUUUCUGUUUAUGAAUAUAUGUAUAAUUAUAAGUUC